AUGAGAAGAUGUGGCCCAAUACCAGCUUUGACUAUCUUCGUCGUUUACGCUCCAACAUCAAGCUACGAAGAAGAAGAAGUCGAAGCUUUCUAUAUGGACCUGGAGAAGUUCUACCAAGAAGAUCAUGCCUUCUACAAGGUCAUAGUUGGCGAUUUCAACGCUAAGGUUGGCCCAAGAAGAACGCCGGAGGAACUUCACAUCGGGACCCACGGCCUACAAUGGAAUGACCAGGGAGAGAGGCUCUCCGAGUUCAUCAUGACGACUAAGACCAUCCAUGGGAACUCGCAAUUCCAGAAGCCCUCCUCUUUACGCUGGACGUGGGAGUCACCCGGUGGAGGGUACCGUAAUGAAAUAGACCACAUCAUCGUCAAUAAAAGGUUCUGCCUGACGGACGUCGGUGUUGUACCAAAGUUCUACACGGGAUCGGACCAUCGCCUCCUCCGAGGAAGAUUUUCCUUCACAAGGAGAGCAGAGAAAGCCGCCAAGUUCAGAGAGAGAAAUCCCAGGACUACCAUCAACUGGGAUCUCUUCGCUACGCUAGCCGGCUUUUGGGAAGAUUCCGCAAUGGACAACAUCGACGAGGAAUAUGACCGGCUUGUCGAACACCUUCACGACUGCGCGAAGAAGGCUGAGAGUUUUAAAACCACCAAGAGGCGCCUGUCUCUUGAAACUCUUGAGCUGAUACGCCAGCGUGGAGCAGCACGAGCCGCAGGGAACCAAGAACUCACGUCCGAGCUCGCAAGGCUUUGCCGAGAGGCGAUAAAGGAAGACCUUAAAGAGAGAAGAGCAGAAGUGCUGGCUGAAGCUGCAGAGGCGGGGAAAAGCAUCCGCUAUGCCCGUCGAGACUUCGCCAGUCGCAAGACGAGGAUGACUGCUCUCCGGAACCCAAAGGGAACAGCCAUUGCAUCGAGAAGGGGGAUGGAGAAAAUCAUCUACGACUUCUACUCUGAUCUCUUCGACAGCCAUGUCCACUUGCCUCCUCACCAUCUGAGGGAAGAUGGACAAGUCAUUCCAGAGGUUCUCCCGUCCGAAAUACGACAUGCUAUCAUGUCGGUAAGAAAUCGUACGGCACCCGGUCCCGACAGAAUAAGACCAGAACACCUGAAGAGCCUUCCGCCAGUACUCAUCAACACCCUGGCGAGGCUCUUUACACGUUAUCUGUCGGAAUGCAAGGUUCCUAAACAGUGGAAGACCAGCAAGACCGUGUUGUUGUAUAAAAAGGGAGAUCCACAUGACAUCGGCAACUAUCGCCCAAUCUGCCUACUGUCCGUCAUCUACAAGCUCUUUACAAGAGUAAUCCUUAAUAGGAUUGAAAGAGUCUUGGAUGAAGGACAGCCAUGCGAGCAAGCAGGGUUUCGAAAAGGAUUCAGCACGAUUGACCACAUUCACACUGUUUCGAAACUCAUCGAGGUAUCACGAGAGUACAAGAUGCCGCUCUGUCUCACCUUCAUCGACUUAAAGAAGGCUUUCGACUCGGUUGAGACGGAAGCGGUCGUGGAAGCCUUGGACAACCAAGGCGUCCCUACUCAAUAUAUAAAGGGUGAAACAAUUUCACCCAAAAUAUUCACAGCCACCCUCGAGAACGCAAUGCGAAAGUUGGAAUGGGACGACAUGGGAGUGAAGGUUGAUGGUCGGCAGCUACACCAUUUGCGCUUUGCUGAUGACAUCGUACUGGUAACACCUAGCAUCAGCCAAGCGGAACGAAUGCUGACCGAAUUCGACGAAACAUGUGGAUGCAUCGGUCUUCAGCUGAAUCUACAAAAGACGAUGUUCAUGCGGAACGGAUGGGUCUCGGAUGCCCCAUUCACGCUCAACGGAACGAACAUAUCCGAGUGCACCAGCUACGUUUAUCUGGGUCGGGAACUGAACAUGAUGAACGACCUGACCCCCGAGCUGGGCAGGAGGAGACGAGCGGCUUGGGGAGCGUACAAGAGCAUCGAGGAUGUAGUGAAGAAGACCAGGAACACCCGGCUCCGUGCUCACCUCUUCAACACCACCGUACUUCCUGCUUUGACCUAUGCUUCGGAAACCUGGGCAUUUCGCAAGCAGGAAGAAAACGCGGUGAGCGUCAUUGAACGCGCAAUUGAGAGAGUGAUGCUAGGAGUAUCCCGUUUCACGCAAGUGAGGGACGGGAUUCGAAGUUCUCUCCUACGUCAGCGAUCGAAGAUUAGAGACGCCGCCGCGUUUGCCAAGGAAAGUAAAAUAAGGUGGGCCGGACACGUGAUGCGCUUUAAUGACAACCGUUGGACCAGAGCCAUCUCUUGUGGUCACAUGACACAUGAAGCUAUGAUAAACCACUUGCUAACCAAUCCGCACCCUCCAAAGCGUUAUCGGGUUAAUCAAGUCUUAGCCAAUCAACCUGAAUUUGCUGCAGCUUUCCGGUGCGAUGUGGGUACUCCAAUGAAUCCUAGCGAACGCUGUACUGUGUGGUAG